GACACACCUUCAGAGGAUAAUAAAAAAUCGUCAGUUGUCAUGUCCGUGGUCUCCCACGUUUUUAAAAUCGUCUGCUGUGUGAUCAUAGUCCUCCUCUUUGAUUGGUCUAAAACCUAAACUCAGUGUUCAUAUCGUCACCUGGACUCUCUCACACCAUCGAUUGAGAUCCAAGUUUACCUGCUGUCACACCUGUGUGGGUGUGUCCUCAGGUAUGACUGGAGAGUGUAGGUCCUCUGUUCACUUAAUAAAACAGUUUGUUUAUUUCAUGAGGUCAGUGAACACAUCACGGGGCACUAUAAACACCAGACUUUCGCAACAACUCAACACAGGAGCUCGUAGGACUAAGAAGACAUGGCCAAUGACUUUCACUAAGGAGGAGCUGAAGGAGCGACUCACUCCGAAGCAGUACCAUGUGACCCAGGAAAGGGGCACUGAAAGUGCAUUCACAGGAGAGUUCACCGACCAUAAAGACGAGGGGACGUACACCUGUGUGGUGUGUGGAGCUCCUCUGUUCAGCUCAAGCACUAAAUUUGACUCUGGAUCAGGGUGGCCAGCUUUCUUUGACCUGCUUCAGGAGGAGUCCAUCUCAAACUCUGACGACUUCUCAUACGGGAUGCACCGAGUGGAGUCCACCUGCAGCCAGUGUGGCGCUCACCUGGGGCACCUGUUUGAUGACGGACCUCGCCCAACAGGAAAACGUUACUGCAUUAACUCCGCCUCCCUGGACUUCCAGGCCAAAGACUCCUCCCCCUCCUCAAGAGCUGAAGGAGGGGCCAAACUGGGAGGUGAAGAGAAAACAGAGCUCUGAGAAGUAGACCCACCUGUGUCCACACCUGAAAACAUUUUACAGUCUAAAAAACUGGGGGGGCGUGGAGGUGACAGGUGGGGGUAUAACAGUAUAUUUAUAUUUAUAGUGUUUAUAGAUGAUAUUAUAAUAUUGAACGUGUAUUUUUGAAGUGGUAUUAAGAAUAAUAUGAAGUCAUCUGUGGCCUUUAAGUUUGAUGAAACUUUGAAUAUCAAAUCUUCUUAAUGACUGUGUUUCUUUCACCAAAAAUAAAGAAAUUACAAAUAUUGAA